AUGGCGACGUUAGAGGAGAAGACUAACUACAUUAUACACUAUCAAAAUUUGAAACAAGUGAUUGCGAACGGGCUGAUUUUGAAAAAGGUAAAAUAUUUUUAUGUUUUUGUUUAUUUUAUUUAUUUAUUUAUUAUAUUUUUUGUAUUAUUUAUUUUACAGGUACACAGAGUAAUGCAGUUCAAUCAGUCCCCGUGGCUGAAAAUAUAUAUUGAUUUGAAUACCAAGAUAAGGAAGAAGACAACUAAUGAAUUUGAGAAAAAACUUUUAUAA